AUGGCGACGACAGAUCUAGUGAUUGCAGCGCCCUCUGCAGGCAUGAUUCUGCCACCUCCCGAGAUUCGUGAUCUCGUUGAAAAGACAGCUCCCUUUGUUGCUCGCAAUGGAGCGACGUUUGAGGAACGACUUCGUGAGAAGGAGCGCGGGAAUAUGAAGUUCUCAUUCUUGAACCCGUUGGAUCCUUAUCAUCGCUACUAUGCACUACGUCUUGAGGAGUGUCGGGCGGGGAAAGCGGCGAGUUUGCCGGUGAAGCAGGAGAAGGAGUCUGCGACGACGGGUAGGAAGACGACGUCUACAGGACAACAAGAGACUGCAUCCCAUCAACAGCAACAAAAGCAAGACGUCAAGCCACGCGACUUCAAAUUCAGUGCAACACUGCCUCCAAUCUCAGCGCAAGACCUGGAUGUCUGUCGUCUCACUGCUCGUUUUGUCGCCAAGAAUGGACGAAGCCUGAUUGCCACCCUCUCACAACGCGAAGGUCGUAACUUUCAGUUUGAUUUUCUACGGGCGAAUCAUGCACUGUAUCCGUAUUUCAACAGUCUUGUGCAACAGUACGCACAAGUCUUUGCACCGCCGCCGAAUAUUCAACAAGCUCUAGCACAGGCAGCACGGGAUCGACAGGCGGUGUUUGAUCGAUGUGCAGGUCAGGAGAAGGAUCGAUUGGCGUAUGCGGCUAUUAACUGGCAUGCUUUUAGUAUCUGUGAGACCAUCACCUUUACUGACCCAGAACUGGCAGGUGAUGUAUCGUUACCACCACCGGUUGAGCUGGCAGUGUUGAAGAAGGCGAGUUUGGAGCAAAAGAAAUUGAUGAGUGAGUUGGCAGUGCCGAGCUUGGCGUUGCAGAGUACACCGAGACUUGCGAUUGACGCAGCACCUACAGCAGCGCCUGAUGCGCCUGUUGCAGCAACACGGAAACGGAAAGCACCACAGACGCUAUUGAAGUGUGGUCGGUGUGGGCAUUUGAUACCAGCGGAUGAGAUGGAAGAACAUACACGCAUCGAGCUCCUUGAUCCACGCUGGAAGGAGCAAAAAGCGCGACAGGAGCAGAAACAAAGUGGUACGAAUUUAUCCCUUGCAGAGGCUGCUGCGAAUAUCAAGCGGCUACAGCAGCAACGUGGUGGUGGGUCGGAAGAUUCAACGAAGCGUGCAAAGCAGGAGAUUGGACCACGGAGGUCUUGA